AUUGCCUUCUAGCGAGAUUGUGUAUUAGUGUUUCUGAUUUGACCUUCCGUGGUGCGCGCAAUCCAAAGAUCCCGACGAAGAUCUUGCAAUAAAUUUUUGCAAAGGUUCUCGCUUUCACUACUUUGGCAAGCAUUUUAUUCUCUCUUUUUUUCCUUUAUUUCCAUUUUCUUUUGACAACGUGACUGCAUCUGUAAGUCUCCGAUUCAGUAGCAUAUGACCAUUACCAUUGCCAUGGAGUAAAAUGUACCACAGCUGCCAGGGGCUCGCUCGCUCUGCAAAACAAUUUAAGUCCCCGUACUAGCUGAAAAUAAUAUUGGUCGCUUUAUCGUCUUCUGUCAGCACAACAACAUCACUUUUUACGACGGAGUAGCAAAUUAAUCCAAAUCGCGAACAUCCAAACUUCUUCUAAUUCUUUUUGAUCGUUAAGUAAAAGUAAGUAUUGAAGCAGAGACGGAAAAAAAAUGGGGAGCGACGACGGAGGCAGAAAAGUUGCGGUCAUGUGCGCCGCUGCGGGUGCCUAUCCUGAGUAAAAACAUACCCACACCAGAGUCAGGAUGGGGAUUGUGCAACACAAACCUAGGAGUUUUGUGAGUCACGCAUGACAAGUUGCACUCUGCAGUGUAGUGCAGGUUAGCAAGUGCAGCCGCGUCACAGAUUCAUCUGCUCAUCCUGUUCACAGCAUCACAAAUUCCAAAACACGACUGGAAAUGGCUCUCAUGGGGAUGCGCAUUACAAGUCUUCCUGUCUUUGCAAAUCUGCAUUACAACUCUGGUGUGGGUAUGUUUUUACUCAGGAUAGUGCCCUGGCGCUAGGCAGUCUUGCUGCGUACUACGCAGUCAGCAGCAUGUCGAGCUCAUCAUCGAAAAACGAGUUUGACGGAAAUGUAUAAUUAAAAGACUAGCUUGAUUCCAUGGGAGUUGCAUAUCCAUACUAGCAGCGUCAUCUCGCAUUGCUUGGCAGAUGCGAAUGAUUGAGGAUCGCCCUUGCUACUGCAUGUACACGCAUGCGCCAGUUUUCCUUACCAUUUUACUUCUACCGGUCGUGGUUUUGUGAGCAAGACAGGUUUCUCGAUGAAUUCAAAUGCAACUACGAAACAGGUGACUGCCGCCCAGAUGGUGCAGCUUUUGGAGGAAAUCGUGGAGAGUCAGCAGGAUAUGAAGCUAUGAACUGCAAAACAAGUAUUGUACUCGUAUGAAUGCAUUACAAAUUUCCGCAGCAUGAGAAAUAAAAUCUGUAAUGCGGAUAUGCCUCUAAGAAAAAUAUUUGUCAUGCAUCAUUGCAGUACAAGUGCGAUACUUUUGCACAGGAUAGAAGCGAAUGAUGGACGAUUUGAUGCAGGAAAUUACCGCAAAGGACCUCAGCUUCGCCGAAAUAUGCGCCUUGGUGCAGCAGAGAAAACCAAGGGAUCUGCUGGAAGAGAAAAACAUUUCGAUCAAAAGAUUCUCAAGUAUUUAUGCUGCCGCGACCAAGAUUUUGCUUCUCUUGCCAAUAGCAAUGUCCUAAUCACGACAAACAGACCUUGAACGGAUUUUCCAUUUUGAUGUUUUCUGUGCUUCCUGUUCCUCUUCCUGCCGUCAGCUUGCAAUGCAAGAAAACAAAACUGCUUCAUCAGGUCUCCUCGAAGAAUUUAGUCACAAUCCAACGAUUCGAGCAAAGGUGGUGCAGCUCACGCAAUCACAGGCGGAACCCAGCAGCUCAAAAAGCGUAUUGAUUUCUCAUGGUUUUUGUGAAUAGCAUAUGGCAGCAACACUGCAAGAUGACGUGGUGUGAUGUAUAUUAUUGUUGAUGAUCUUCGAAGGGCGUCGUGUGGUUCCCAGUCUUAUUUCUCAACCAGACAAAAUCCUGUAUCACAGACCAUAUCACCGGAGCACGUAGCGAAGCUUGCGGAGAAGCACAGUGUCACGGAAGUGAUCGCCAUUCACGAGUACAUGCUUAUGCACUGCAAAAGUUGUAUCGUACUAGUACAAAUUGCAUUACAAAUUGACUUAGCAUAACAAAUUGAAUUUGUAAUGCGGAUUUGCCUUUUUAGCAAAAAGAUUUGUACUAUAUGCAUAAACGCAGUUAGUACGAGUACGAUAGUACUUUUGCACAGGAUAAUGCUCGAGCAGCUGCAAUCCAUCCUGCGAGAAACCACGAGCACGGAAUUUAGCUCCAGGGUUGCAACCAUUAGUAGCCAAGCCUUCGUCGCCAAACUUGUGAAGAGAAAGUAAGAUACUCUUUUUCAUUUGCAUUCUUCCUUUUUCAAGGAUGUUUUUCUCUUUUGUGGUUCCGCCCCGUUGCGAAAGAUAAAGUUUUUUGCUUUUGGUACUUGUUGAACCUGAACGUGAGGAGGCGGUAUCCUCGUUACAUAACCUCUAUCAGGUAUGGCCUUUCCAGCGAGGAGCUUGAAGCCGUAGUAGCGAACUAUCAGCAACAGUUGGGCACGAACGACCGGUUUUUUGAGCUCGGAAUCGAGAUGCGGGAAGCCGUCCAGAGCUUGGUGAAGAAAGCGACCGCAAGCGGAGGACCGGCGGUGGCGUAGGUGAACGGUAGUGGUGUCCAGCUUUCUGCUGACGUGUUUCAUUGGAUGUCUUCUGCCGACGUGUUUCAUUACACAUUGCAGCGCUUGUGUUUGUCUUCAUUCGAUGUUGUCGAGAAGACGGGACCAUACAAGAAAGUGUGUCGUGUUGCAGCAGUGCAACUGGUUCCUGUGCGAAUUUUCCUGGAGAAGCUCCGCGCUCUUUAUUGCAGCCUUGCAAGAUGAAGUACUCCGACAAACACAAAUGAAUCAUGGAUGAAGAUGAUGAACACGACAGAGUUGAAGAUAGUCGCUUCAGCAAGCGAGUUCGCAUGUUGAAUAUGAAUACGGAACACUGAACAACAAAGGAUAAAACGACAAUGAUACCACACAAAUUGAACGACACGACAACGACGACCGACAUACUGAACAUGGUUCUUCUUCUUCUACAAUUCUUCAACGAAAGAAAUAAAAAUUAAUGCGCCGACUCUUCUUAAAAGAGUGCAAAAGCAAAUGAACAACGAAUUCGGAAGGAGAACACCC